AUUUAAAUAUUCUCAUGAUUAUGUUAGUAAUUCUAUAGAAUUACUUGAUUUAUAAGUAAUAUAUAUGUGACAUAUUUUAAUAUUUUAGAUGGAUCAUCAGUAUUAAAUUUAUUUAUUUUUAAGUUAUUCCAAAAAGAUUUAUUUGAUAAUUAUUAUAAUAUAUUAUCAUGGAUCAAGUAUGCAAAGAACCUCAUCUUGAUAUAGUAGUUGAAGAAAAUGAAAUUAUUGAUGGUGCUAAAAAGAUAAUUAAGAAAAUUAGACCAACAUGGCCUUUAAAUAAUUUACAUUUUAAGAUAUUUACAGAUGGAAUAACAAAUAAACUUAUAGGAGUAUGGUAUGCUGAGCAUUACAAUGAAAUGGUUUUAAUUAGAGUUUAUGGACAUAAAACAGAUUUGCUUAUUAAUCGAAAAGAUGAAACAAGAAAUAUUCGAAUAUUAAAUAAAGCAGGUUUUACACAUUCCAUUUAUGCUACAUUUAAUAAUGGUUUAGCUUAUCAAUUUAUUGAAGGUAAUAUACUUACAAUAGAAACAGUCAGAGAUCCUAAAAUAUAUACAUUAAUUGCUAAAAGAAUGGCUCAAAUGCAUAAACUUAAACCUGAAGAUGUUGAGAUAUCCAAAGAAGCUUGCAUUUGGAACAAAUUAGAAAAAUUUAUGGAAAUUAUGCCAAAAAAAUUUUUAGAUGAUAUUAAACAAGCAAGAUUUGAAAAACUCAUAAAGCCAUUUAUAACAUUAAAACAAAAUUAUCAAAUAUUAAAAAUGGAACUUAUAAGUUUGAAUAAUGAUAUAGUAUUUGCUCAUAAUGAUUUACUUCUAGGAAAUAUACUUUACAAUCAAAAAGAAAAUACAGUUACAUUUAUUGAUUUUGAAUAUACUGCAUAUAAUUAUCAAGCUUUUGACAUAGCUAAUCAUUUUGCUGAAUUUGCUGGUAUUGAUAAUCCUGAUUAUUCUUUAUAUCCUAAUGAACAAUUACAAAAAACAUGGCUAAAUAUAUAUCUUCAAGAAUAUAGUAAUGUAAAUUAUGUACUUGAAAAUGAGAUUAAUUUAUUGUAUUUUCAAGUAAAUAAAUUUGUUCUUUUAUCACACUUUUUUUGGGGUUGUUGGGCUCUUAUACAAAGUGAACAUUCAACAAUUAACUUUGAUUUUUUACAGUAUGCUGCAAUACGAUUUAAUGAAUAUUUUAAAUGGAAAGAAAAAUAUUUUAAUAUAAAAAUAUAAAAAAAAUUUUUUAUAUUUUUAUUGUUAUGUAAAAUUAACAUUCCAAUAUUUAUAUUUGUUAUAUCAUGUAAAUGACAUUCCUGUAUUAUGAACUUUUUUAUUUAU